AUGUGUUAUUUUUUUUCGGAAUUCUGUAGUAUGGCUCCUAGGAAGGGUCAAAAACAGCAAGGUGGAGAACAAAAUAUUUCCCUCGGUCCUCAGGUACAACCAUAAACUUAUAUCCUUUAGAGGGUUUUAUUAUCUUGUACUUUUUGCUUUUCUAACUCGACCGGAUACUGGACUCAGAAAUGCAGUUAUUUGUUGUAAGUCCCCUGUGAUCCUUGAAAUUAAUUUAAUGGUUUCCUCAUUUUAUAAUUCCUCAAUCGAACUCCAGUCAAUCUUUAAAUAAGCUGGUUACAUUUUUGAGAUAUUGUUAAAAAAAACUCUCCUCGUAAGCGGCGAGAAUAAUGUCGAUAAUGCGCUUACUGUGGCAGUGCCAUUGAAUUCAGUAAUUUUCAAAAUAGCUAGCAAGGCUUCAGUUAAUUUUAAACUUUCUUUAUUUUUGCUCCAACACAGCCCGUGUGCGGCAUACAUGUUAAGGGUAUGGCAUCUUCGGCAUUAUACAGAGCAUCUCCUUUUGACUGUUCAUGCCCAAUCCAGCUCUAAUUCCCUUUUAUGACUCUGUGUUGUUUUGUUGUUCAUGUAAGUGGGAAGUAAAAUCGUUUCACCAUUACAAUAGACAACAGUGUGGUCUCAAACUAUUAAACUUUCUGAAAUUUUCAGGCCAGUGAAGGUGAAGAUGUUUUUGCUGUAGCUCAUAUCUUUGCUUCAUUUAAUGACACCUUUGUUCACAUCACUGAUCUGUCUGGAAAGUAAGUGUAGCAUUAAUUUUUAUUUUAUUAAUGUGAAUUGAAAAAGUGAGCAUAAUUAUAUAGCCCAUUUAAACUCAUCACCAAUAGAUGAGCUUGGGCGCUGGUGUCUACAAAGUUGGUGGAACCAGGCAAUGCUCUAGCAUGAGGAGGAGGUAUCCAUGGCAACCCUGCAAGCAGUCCCCACCAGGAACCGUCACACUGAACAAUUCAGUGGUAUACUUACCGACCAAUACUUACCUGGCCCUUACCUCAAGAGGGAGGGAGGGAUGGGAAAAACCAAAACACAAAAUGGGAAAUAGCAAGCUAUUGCAACAACACUUUGUGAAGAACUACAAGCAAGCAAAUGCGUAUACAAGUCAAGAGACUGAGCUUGGCUUAAGUUGCAGUUUUUCUUGAAGCUAUUUCUUCUUUGAUUUACAAUUUUGUUAUAUUUCUUAGGGAGACAGUUGUACGAGUUACAGGAGGAAUGAAGGUGAAGGCUGAUCGUGAUGAGGUGAGACAUAGUGAACUCAAUAGGGACCAAGUGGAUGCAACGACUGUACUUGAGCUUAUGUGGGUUGUCAUAGCAAAGAAGUAACAGUGUUGUUGCCUUUAUAUGGCAUUAAUAUAAGUCUACCUGCUAAUUUCUUGCCUAAAAUAAGCAGUGUUUAUCAAAGAGGUUUAUUUUUCUUAUUUGAGUCCAAUCACAUUGUUGUACUUUUUUAAAUGUUGGACUUAAAAGCAACGUGCUGACUUGUAGACAUGUGACUCAAAGAAAGAGAGAUUAUUUGCAGUUCUCCAAGUGUAAUAAAUAGCUUUUGGACAGCUGUACUUGAUAUGUUUCACUGUCAAGUGUUUCUCUUAUUAUACUAGUACAUGAGAAAUUUCUUGCAAUUUGAUUGGCUUAGAGCAGUGGUAUUUCAGCUUAAUUUGAAAUACCUACAUGUGAAAAUUACAAACCUUUUGUGGGUAGUCGUAUAAACAAAUAAUAGCAUGAUUUGUAGUGAUAUUUGGCAUAAAUACUGUGAGUGAUAUUUCAAAGUUGUUAUACGUAAUUUCACGAGCCAUUAGGCGAGUGAAAUUUGAGACAAUUUUGAAAUGUCAGGAGUGGUAUUUAUGCCAAAUGUGAUUGGACUUAAAAGCAACAUGCUGACUUGUAGACAUGUGACUCAAAGAAAGAGAGAUUAUUUGCAGUUCUCCGAGUGUAAUAAAUGGCUUUUGGACAGCUGUACUUGAUAUGUUUCACUGUCAAGUGUUUCUCUCAAAAUACAAAUUAACAUUUUAAGACCUGUCUACUCGAAUGGUGGACAGUAAAAUCCACCAAAUAAAUCACCAUUCAGUGUAUACUUUUAAUCCAUUGAAUAGCAUGUUUAGCUUUAGAUAUUUUUUUAAAAUUUGGUCCUGUUCUAAUCUAGCUUGCAUUGCAGACGAAACUAAACUCUGGUUAAGUCCGUCUGCAAAACAGCGCCGAAAUCCUUGUUCUAGGCUCCCACUUGUAAACCAGUAUUUGAGUACGCACCAUGAUUGGCCUGUUAAAAAUACCAUUGUCCAUUUGCCUUUCAAGAGGAAAGGAAAUUCGAAACGCUCUUACAGUAAUUUGUUGACUACAUUGGGGGACCAGAACAUGGAUAUCAGUGCUGCUUCGUAGAGGUUACUUAUCUGGGUUAAAUUAUGUCUGCGGCACUGGCUGGUUCUAAUCAUGUCAUGCUGAAUUUUUGUACCAGGCCUCCCCAUAUGCUGCCAUGUUGGCUGCUCAAGAUGUAGCUGUUAGGUGCAAAGAAAUUGGCAUCACAGCACUGCACAUCAAACUUAGGGCAACUGGUGGUAACAGGUUAGUCCUAGAGGACAUCAUUACUUUGAAAUGCCUUCCUGACUUCCAGAUACUGAGCAAAAUAUUUAUAAACUAGUCAGUAACCAAAGGUUAGGGAAUGAGGGGGUGAUUGAUCAAAAGUCAGAAUACACUGGCUCCAACACUGUGCUUUGAGCAAGUUUUACGUGACGAUAAAGGGUCCAAAUGUGCAUGAAUACAUGUAGAUUGCAUUCUUUGCAUUCCAUUCAUUUGAAGUGGAAGUCCAAACAAAUGCUGGCUACACACAUGGUGCGCAUUAGCCUGCGUAGCUGGUGUUUUUUUGUGUGUGUGUGGUUUUUCUUUUGUGGUUCGUAAAAAAGAUAGUCAGCCGGGCAAAAGCUGAACCAAGGAUGAAAAAGAAAACGAUGGGGGAAGGGGCAAGGAGCUUUUGCGUGGCUGUAACUCUCCUUUGCGAACCACAAAAGAAAAAAUCACAACAGAAACUGCCAGCUGUGAGGGCUAGCUGCAUGUGUGUAAUAGCAACCUAGGGAUUAGGAUUGCACACCCCUCUGGUCACCCCAAAUUAUUGGAAAAUGUUGUAUUUGCAAUGUAUUGAAAUCUAGGUGAGAUAAUUUGUUAGUGCUAAGCAAGCAGUGAUGUCUUUAAUAUACGCUGACUUUCCAGUGAUAAGAAACACAAUCUGAGCUUGCUGCUGUUGUUGUUUCUCUCAUCUUACUGGUAAAUGGUUUUUUGUUUCACUUGUUUGUCUUCUAUUUGACAAUGACACCUUCUGUGUCUGUAUAUAGAACUAAAACCCCUGGCCCUGGUGCCCAGUCUGCUCUAAGAGCUCUUGCGAGAUCGGGAAUGAAGAUUGGUCGUAUUGGUGAGUAGGAACACAAUUUGUAGUGAUUUCUUUUGUUUGUUUUAUAUUCAGGGUCCGAAAUUAACUUUUUAAUACGAGCACCAACUGGCGAUCAAGUAUAAAUUUUUGGUCGCCAGAGGGCAAAUUGUGGUCGCCAAAAAUUCCCCCUCCCUUUUUUUCAAAUAAAAGUUUAAACACGAAUAAAAAAUGCAUGGUAUGGACGUUUUUGUGCUUAAAAAUUGCAAUACUUCCGCUCCCGAUACCAGAAAGAAACCGUACGUUUGCGAGUGAAGUCUUAUUUUUUCCACAAAUUACUUUUUGGAGAUAUACAUGUAAAGCCAUCUGAUCUAGAACGUAGGAACAGAAAGCUGUCUGUCAAACUAUUUUCUUCCGAUAACUACCACAAAACAACCACGAAACAUAGCCGCCAUGUUGCUCGUACCAGGCCACAUUUUUUUGUGCCUCAUUACUCAUAAUGGCGGCUUGGAAACGUUCAUAUCGUAUUGAUCGUAGCUGUUGUGGAGGUAUUAUUACAGGAAGAUUCGUUUCCCUUUUAAUUAAAAAAUAUCAGCAGGACAAAAAGGAAGACACCUGUUGGCAAAUAGCUUUUCGAGGUUUCAAUUCUUAAUCAGUUUCUCCGAACGUUUAAGUCCACAAUAACAACCAGCUUUACAAGUCGCUAGCUGGCGACCAGCUAUGAAAUUCUGGUCGCCAGGACUAAAUUUGUAGUCUCAUUGGCAACCAGGAAGGCGCAAUUUCGGACCCUGAUAUUAUUAAUUUUUUUUAUGUGACCUGGUUUAUACAUGACCUUUUCCUAAUUUCUGGUAAACAGUUUGUAAAUAAGCCCCUAUCUUCAUGUAAAAUCCAUCCAAACAUAACCCUCCUCAAAUUGUAAAAAGGACUUUUUUGUCACAAAUUUAAAUGUCCAGUCCAGUUGUUCCAUUGACUCAUCAGAAAAAUCCGUUUACUGACGCACUAUCAGUGAAAAUCAUAAAAAAAUAAUAUUUUUGCCUAUGAGCUACCAGACGUUGCAUGUCAAACAAGUGGACAUUGUGUCCCGCCUAAAACGAAUCCCCUGGCUGUACCCCAGUCACUUUCCCCAACAGCAGUAAGUUCAACAACAGUCAACUCUCGCCUUGCAGUCACCCCGUUAUAACGGACACCUUGAUUAUACGGACAGCAGCUAAAUCCCCAGCAAAAUAAACUACAGACAUUUGACUGAAAUAAACUCCCACUGUUAUGGACUCUCGCUAAUGAGGACACUAACUUGAGGUCUUUAUAGUGUCCGCAGUAAAGGGAGUUGACUGUAUUACAUGUCCAUCUGGCCCUCUGGAAUUUUUCCCGUAUGAUAUUACAUUAUAUGGUAAUUAAUGCAACAUGAUUUAAGUUAAUCCUGCAUGUUGUUGUGAUUUUCUUAACAGAGGAUGUUACUCCCAUUCCAUCAGACAGUACAAGAAGAAAGGGUGGUCGUCGUGGACGACGUCUGUAA